AAAAAUGUAUAAGAGGACUAUGUCGUAAAAUAUCGAAUCGAGAAACGACAAGUCGUUUCACAGAUAUUGAGCAGCGAUUAAGGCUCUCGCAGCACUUCCCAUUACAGUGUCUAAAAUCGUCAGAGAGGAAGAGGAAAAUGGGAAGCGAAGGAAAGUCGAAGGAGAAGACGAAGAGCAGGAAGAGAAGCUCCUCUUCUGAAUCUGAAGAUGAAAGAAGAAGCAAGAGACAUAGAAGCGAUAAAAAAGACAAGGGAAAGGAGAAGAAACAUCGCAAACAUCGUUCUGAUAAAGAAAAGAAGUCAAGGGACAAGCACAGAGAUAAACAUCAAAAAGGCAAUCACCACUCUAAACAUGAAAUCCAACAGCUGACCAACGAGGAUUACUUCUCUAAAAAUAAUGAGUUUGCUACCUGGUUAAAAGAAGAAAAGAAAUUGUUCUUUUCUGAUCUUUCAUCCGAGUCUGCACGGGAAUAUUUCUCAGACUUUGUCAAGGUCUGGAACAAGAACAAGCUCGAUUCCCAAUACUAUGAAGGCAUUUCAAGUGCACCCCGGUCAGCCCAUAACUGGAAAUUCAAGUAAUAGAAUAGAAGAAUGGCUGUAUUUUGUCCUAGCUUGCUUUAGUACUUUCUCUUUGUGUAUACUGAUUUGCGGUGUUUUUUUUGGAAUGAAUGAUAUAAGAGUUUCUAUGUGUUUCAGUUUCA